UUAAAGAAGGAAAAUAAUAAUAAUAAAUAAAGCACAAAAAAAAAACAUGAAAGAAAGAUUCAGAUUCCUCCGGUAGUUCUUUAGAUCCGCCGCGACUAGAAAUUGACGAACAAUUCUGGCAGAUCGACUCUUCAAUUUCAGUGCUGACCGGAAAAUUUGGAGGCUUUCAUAUCCGUUUCCGGUCGAUCAAUCGUUAGGGUGUCGCGGAUUUGCUAAUUCAUACGUAAAAGGGGGAGUCUGGAAUUCUUGUAGUUUCCGGUAAUCCAGAAUUCAUCAACUUGUUGCCUUUAGAGAUCAACUGAGAUUCGGCGUCGUCGGAGAUUUUCGCUGAUAGGGUUUUGAUCUCACUGCUGGUGUUUUGGGGGGUUGAUUUUGGGCUCCUGAUCGUUUUUUUUUUUUUUUCCUUUUCUGAGUGGUCAGUACAGUUGUUGAAUUGCCAUGAACGAUCAGUCUCAGAUGAUGAAUCCGUCACCGGUGAUGAUGCAUCACGGUCAGAUUAUGAGCCAGCCUUCUCAGGCGAUGGUGAGUCUGUCACAGCUGAUGAGUGGAUCUCAGGUGAUGAACCAGCCGCAGUUGCUAGGUCAGUCUCAGGUCUUGAGUCAGCAUCCACAGUUGAUCGGUCAGCCUCAGAUGUUAAGUCAAUCGCAGGUUUCGAUGUUGAACAGAAGCUACAAGCCGUGGCCGCAGCAGCAGCCGCAGCCACAGCCUCCCCUGGAUUCGACGAAAUUCCGUCGGAGCAACUGGAAGGGCAAAAACCCGAGUGAUAAGCGCCAAGGACCGAGAAAGGCCCGAAACCCGAAUUCUUCACUGAGCGGUAAUGCUGUUAUGGGAGGGUACAAGCCCCCCACUCUGCACGAGUUGCAGUCCCAGAGCCGCCUGCAACCUCGCAAAUUUUACCCAAAGAAGAAGUUCAAUAACAGGUUCACACCUUACGCGCCAAGGAACACAACCUCGUUCAUAAUACGGGCAAAGAAGUCAGGUGGGAUUGCGUCGCUGGUGUCCCCUUGCCCUGUCACGCCCACUGUGUUGCCUACACCUGUGUUUUCCCCAUCGAGAGAGGUCUUAGUGGACAUGGCGAAGGAAGAGUGGGGCGUGGACGGGUACGGGUCCAUGAAGGGCUUGAUUAGGCUUCGGGGCGUGUUUGAUAACAGAGACCAUGAGGACGACGGUGAUGAGGAUGAGAAUGAGGAGGAAAACAAUGGAUCGGGUGAGAGCGAUGUGGAGGAAGGGGAGAAUAGUGUGUUGAGCCGGUUGGAUCAUGAAAUGAGUCGGUUCGAAAUGGUUUGUCCAUCUUAUGGGUUUGAUUAUAACAAUAUGCCGGAGAACCGAGUGGAUGAUCAGGACGCCCACAUCUCACAGCUCGAGGAAGAGAAUCUAACGUUGAGGGAAAGCCUUUUCUUGAUGGAAAGGGAGAUGGACGAUUUGAGGAGGAGGUUGCAGAUUCUGGAGAGGCAGAACCAAGUGUCUGAGGAUGUCAAUGAGGAAGUAGUUGAGAAUGGAUCUGACAAUGAGAGCGAGGGAUGUUCAGAUGCUCAUGGUAUGUGUGGAGAAAACAAGGAAGUAGUUAUGGUUUAUGCAGGGAAUGAUGCUGCAGAGGGAAAGGUUGAUGAGGGUGCAGAGAAUGAAGGUGUCAAGGAUGCAUGUAUGGAAGAGAAGGCAAUGGGUGCGAGUUCAGAGAUGGGAGAAAGAAAGAACAAUCGAGUCUAGGACGAAUUAUUACCUGUUGAAUUGGACAUGAAGAAAGACGAGCAGAACAACAGAGUAGAUUAACAAGAUUAUGCAGGUGGAAGAGUAAUGGUGAGGGGUGUACUUGCUUGGUAGGCUGACUCUCACUCGAUGGAGUGACUAUCUCGGAAUUAUCAAGGCGUGUUAACCAAUUUCCAUCCAUAUUUGUCAACUGCCGAAGGAGAAUGAAUCCUUGUUUAGUUCGGUCUCUUGGCAUCCAUUAGUACCUAGAUUCUCGUGUGUUUGCUCUUCAGAUAUUACUUUUGAUCCUCUUUUCUUUGGGUAGGUUCUGACUGUUCAUAGAUUCUGGUCUCGUGUUGAGGUCUUUAAGGGACUUGUAAGAACUUGAACUUGUAGUGAAUCUGUACUUAGCUUAAACUCUCAUUGCAAUGAGUAUGUAAAUGCGUCAUUUGCUGGAUAUCUUCUGUCAAUCGGGUAAAUGUUAUGUGCUUCGUUUAGGAACAAUCUAAUACAAAUCUUGAAAUUUACUGAUCA